UUCCUUGUGUUUGUAGAGACAGACUCAGAGACGGAGAUUGCUCACAGCGAUGACUCUGGCGCUGUGGACUCUCUGUCAUGGAGCAUGUGUCUUCAGGACAUAGACCCUGUUGUAGACAGUUUACCACCACAGUCACGUCUGAGCUUCAAGGAAUACAGAGGCACCCAGACAGACGUGAGCAGAGCUGUGAUUCCAGCAGCGGUUCUUGCAGGUUACACUGGAAAUAGUUGUCCACUGCUGUGGCAGUUUCUGCUGGAGCUUCUGACUGACCGCAGCUGUCAGUCAUGCAUCAGCUGGACAGGUGAUGGCUGGGAGUUCAAGCUCACAGACCCUGAUGAGGUGGCGCUGCUCUGGGGUCGAAAGAAAAACAAACCCAAGAUGAACUACGAGAAGCUGAGUCGUGGCCUGCGCUACUACUACGACAAAAAUAUCAUAACCAAGACGGCUGGCAAGAGAUACGUCUACCGAUUUGUCUGCAACCUGCAGGACCUGCUGGGAUACGAGCCAGCAGAGCUACAUGCUAUACUGGACAACAAUCACAGAAAGCAAGAGUGACUUUACUACAAGAACAUCUGAAGGUUGAAGUAAAAAAUCCC